UGUUCACACAGAUCUUUAAAGAGGAGAGAGGACUGUACCAGGACAAGGUGUUCUGCUUCAUCCAUCUGAGUGUUCAGGAGUUUCUGGCUGCUCUUCAUGUCCACCUGACCUUCAUCAACUCUGGAAGAAAUCUGCUGGAAGAUCAAAAAACCUCCCAGAAGUCUGAAACAGGAGAAUCUGCAGAGAAACACUUCUACCAGAGUGCUUUGAACAAGGCCAUACAGAGUCCAAAUGGACACCUGGACUUGUUCCUCUGCUUCCUCCUGGGUCUUUCACUGCAGACCAAUCAGACUCUCUUACCAGCCCUGAUGUCACAGACAGGAAGUAUCUCAGGAAUCACUCUAGCAACAGUCCAGUACAUCAAGGUAAAGCUCAGUGAGAAUCUGUCGGCAGAGAAAAGCAUCAAUCUGCUCCACUGUCUGAAUGAACUGAAUGAUCGUUCUCUAGUGGAGGAAAUCCAACAAUACAGGACUUCAGGAAGUCUCUCCACAGGUAAACUGUCUCCUGCUCAGUGCUCAGCUCUGACCUUCAUCUUGCUGUCAUCAAAAGAAGAUCUGGAUGAGUUUGACUUCAAGAAAUACUCUGCUUCAGAGGAGGCUCUUCUGAGAAUGCUGCCAGUGGUCAAAGCCUCCAACAAAGCUCUGCUGAGCAGCUGUAACGUCUCAGAGGAAGGCUGUGAAAAUUUGUUGUCAGUGGUCAGCUCCCAGUCAUGUAGUCUGAGAGAGCUGGACCUAAGUACCAACAGCCUGAAAGCUUCAGCAGUAAAGCUUCUGUCUGCUGCAGUGGAGAGUCCACAUGCCAAACUGAAUAUUCUGAGACUUAACAUCUGUGAACUCUCAGAGGAAAACUGUGAAGCUCUGUCCUCAGUUCUCAGCUCACAGUCCUCUAGUCUGACAGAGUUGGACCUGAGUAUCAGAAAGCUGCAGGAUUCAGGAGUGAAGCUUCCGUCUGCUGGACUACAAAGUUUAAACUGUAAACUGAAUACUCUGAGACUGAGUGGCUGUAACCUGUCAGAGAGAAGCUGUGAAGCUCUGUGCUCAGUCCUCAGCUCCCAGUCCUCUAGUCUGAGAGAGCUGGACCUGAGUAACUCUGACCUGCAGGAUUCAGGAGUGAAGCUUCUGUCUGCUGGACUAAAGAGUUCACAGUGUGCAGUGGAAACUCUCAGGUCAGGAUCCAAACUUUUCCACAGAUGGUCAUUUGAAAUGUGAUUUAUAUUAUUGUAUAAACAGGUAACCUUUAUACAGUUGUCAAGUGAACUUUUAUUUACAUUUGAGUGGAUAAUUGGACUCUAAAUUACUUUUAAAAGUUGUUAUAGUCAUGUCUUUGUUUAUUUAAAAAAAUACUUCAUGUACUGCCUAAUUUAAAGAUUUAGGCUCCUUUGGGCCAAUAAUAUAUAUAUAUUUGAUUUCUUUAGGAAUAAAAUUAGGAGCAUAUUGGCGACUGCUGAUUGGUUCGCUGUUUGUUUUUUAUUCACAGUACUUACAGUACUUGUCAAAAUGAGAUGUUUAUCUUUUCUUCUACAACACUUGGAGCCACCAUAUCUUCUUUCUUGAUUUAUUCAUUACAGUUUGAUUUAAAGAAUAUUAGACUCGUAACAUAAUAAAUAUAUUUCUUUCACUUCUUCUUGAGAGAAAGAAAGGGAUGACUGGGUGAGCUCCAGUGGUUCAUCCCAGCAGAGAGAGCGGCACACUGGGCUCCAAAUGAUCACAGUAGUAAUGGCCAUAGUUCGAUAAAACAGGCAGUCUUACCCAGUAGAUAAUGCAGGGUUCUGGUGCCGAUGUGGGGGAGGGGACUCCAUCCAUCCAUCCAUCCA